AUGCAAGAUAUUGCCUAUUGGAUCACAGGAUUCAUCAACAGCGCUGAAAACGCAAAUGGUGAAAGCUUUCGCUUUCGGAAUACCAGCGUUGACACUUCCCUUCGGAGCUUGUCACUGGAAUCACAAAGCACAACAACGUGUCGACACAAAUACGAAGCAGUGCUUGAGUGUAUUAUUCACUCGACAAGUAUUGUAAGUGAAUACGAUCCCAGUGAAGCGAGCGACGUAGAUUGCGAACUUAUGGGCAUGUGUCUCAUGAAUAUUCACAGCCUACUCGACAGCUACUAUCCAGAAUUCAAACAACAAGUGUUCCUCACAUCAACAUCAACAAAUGUUGGAGAGAUAGAGCGCAUUAUUACUUGUUCUAGUCGUCUUCUCAAGGCACUUGGUUGGCCACUCGCUAAUUUCCAUGAACUGGUUGAAUAUGCGCGACCGGAGCUUCUGGACGAUCCUGUGCUUUGGACAGGCUUCAGUUAUCGCGAAUGGAAUGACCGAGCAACAUCGAGACAAAAAUCAGCUCGUUUUCGCCAUGUGAAGAGAGGGAUGGAAAAUGCUAGAUGUUUCCUCGAACAUGAUUAUAGUGAUACUGAAGAAAUUCUACUUGAAGAAGUUGACGAGUUUCCCCAGAUCAUGGCCGACACGGAUGAUGCGAGCACAAACUCGGACUGGCCCGUAGGUCCACUGCUUUCGGACUGCAUGUCGAUGCUCUGUCUCAAAGCUGAGUAUGUUGGCAAUGCUAACGCCAACUUCAUGUACGGUAUCGAUUGGCUGAACGGUCGCUACGAAGCUCUACGGCGUGUUCGUGGAGACGGCACUGGCAUUGAUACGAAUGCAGAAUUGCGAAGCCACAUUCAGCACAAGAUACAAACGAGUAAGAGCGAACUAGUCGCUAUUGGAUACAGCGACGUCGCUAUCGAUGCUUUUUGGGAAACAUUUGUGGAUUAUUUGGCAGCAAUGGAGAUGCGCUCUCAUGCAGAGCUUGUGCGGGAUUUUCAGACAGAGGGAGGAGAGUCAGAGUAUCUGGUCUGGUAUAUGCGGCUCCUGACUGCAGGCUAUAUGAAAAAGAAUGAAAAGACUUUCCAACCUUUCAUUGAGGGUUUGUAUCCUGGUCAGACAGUGGCUCAAUUUUGUGCUGCAGAGGUGGAGCCAAUGGGAAAAGAGUGUGAUCAGCCCCAAAUUGCGGCGCUGACGGAGGCACUUGAAGUUGGUGUAAAAAUUGAGUAUCUUGAUGGAAGUGUUGGGCCUGGAGAAGAACUGCAAAGCUACGUGUGCUCGCCGACAUUAACAACGACGAAGCAGCAAAUGCCUGUGUCCAUCACGUUGCUGUAUCGACCAGGUCAUUAUGAUAUUCUGUAUCCACGAAAGUAG